AGGGUGAAAAAUGAUCAAUGCAUUUAAUAUGUACUGGAAAUAAUAAUAGUAAUUAAAAUAGUAGAAGGCAGAAUUAGUCUAAAUUGGGUGGUUUCUCCUUUUGAUGGGAGUGUACAGACUACAAUGGUGGCAAAUAUCGACCGUGCAAGUAACGCUUUUAUUUUGACACAUCGCUAACAGUAGUCUUUCCUGUCCGGAGCUCUAACUUGACCGCGCAUGCGCGAGCUGCAGCGUGAACAAGCGCCUUCAGCGUAGUCUGGCUGCUGCUGAGCGGUCCUCCGGGGAGGCAUUUCUGUCAUUACACCGUCAGAUGAAGCACCUUCCUGCCUCUCGUUUUUAAUGCCUCGCGUAGCAUGGACGGGUGGGUGCUGUUGAAGAAAAGAGAAUUUCUGACCCAGGAAGGGGCUGACAUGCCCUUCACUGGUUGGCGCAGUCCGUGCGCUGAUCUCUGUCAGACGUGGACAAGGUAAAGACCGGGACACUGCAUUUGAAUUGUCCUUUCUAACGUGGAGGCCCCGGUUUGCCAUCUGUUUAUUGGAUUCCUUCCCGUGGGGCCGGGGAUAACAACGUUACGUGCCCGAUCGCAGAGCCGGAGCGCCGGGGCAAAUGCGGCACAGCGGGCGUUUGGCUGCAGGUGGAUGGCCGACCUGACGGUGCCUGCUCGCCGCUUCCCCUCCCGUUCAGCCGUCCUCCGGAGCUCUAACGACGCGACUGAAAACAGAAAUCGACGAAUAAAGCCGAGCCAUGCUUCCAGGGGUCGGCGUGUUCGGCACCAGCCUGACCACCCGGGUGAUCAUCCCGCUGCUGAAGAACGAGGGCUUCGCCGUCAAGGCGCUGUGGGGCCGGACGCAGGAGGAGGCGGAGGAGCUGGCCAAGGAGAUGAACGUGCCGUUCUACACCAACCGGAUCGACGACGUGCUGCUGCACCAGGACGUGGAUCUGGUCUGCAUCAACCUGCCGCCGCCUCUGACGCGGCAGAUCGCGGUUAAAACGCUGGGUAUUGGAAAGAACGUAAUCUGCGACCGGACAGCAACUCCUCUGGAUGCCUUCCGAAUGAUGUCAGCGGCCCAGUACUACCCCAAGUUGCUUAGCAUUAUGGGAAAUGUGUUACGUUUCUUGCCGGCCUUUGUCCGAAUGAAGGAGCUUUUAGAAGAGGGGUACAUCGGGGAGCUACUGGUCUGUGAAGCCCAGGUCCACAGCGGGAGUCUCCUGGGUAAGAAAUACAACUGGAGCUGCGAUGACCUGAUGGGAGGCGGCGGUCUGCAUUCUGUGGGCACUUACAUCAUUGACUUGCUUACGUUUCUGACUGGUCAGCGUGCAGCAAAGGUUCACGGCUUCCUCAAGACCUUCGUCAAGCAAACUGAUCACAUCCGAGGGAUCCGUCAGAUCACCAGUGACGACUUCUGCACUUUCCAGAUGGCGCUGGAGGGGGGCGCGUGCUGUACCGUCACGCUCAACUUCAACAUGCCCGGAGAGUUUCGGCAAGAGGUGAUUGUUGUGGGGACGGUGGGAAGGUUAACGGUCACGGGGGGUGACCUGUACGGACAGAAGAACUGCGCGGGAGAAGAAAGCAGUGGAGGUCCUGAACUCUUGCUCAAAGACACAACGUCUCUUGAGAGGGCCUCCUUACCGGAGAAGGCCUUCAGCGACAUUCCGUCCCCGUAUCUCACCGGAACGAUCCGCAUGAUCCAGGCGGUGCGGCAGGCCUUUCAGGACCAGGACGACAGGAGGACGUGGGACGGGAGGCCUCUGACCAUGGCCGCUACCUUUGAGGACUGUCUUUACGCUCUUUGCGUGGUGGAUACAAUCAAGAAGUCCAACCAGAGUGGAGACUGGCAGAACAUUGUGGUAAUGACAGAGGAACCGGAGAUCAGCCCGGCCUAUCUGAUCAGCGAAGCCAUGCGACGAAGUAGGAUGUCCCUCUACUGUUAGCAUCUGGGCUAAUGGGGGGACCUUGGGGUCGUUGGAACAUUAUUCGUUCAGCUUCCAGGUUCAGUUCGGAAAUUCAUUACACGUUCAAUCUCUAUUGCUACUGUUAUUUUGGUUACUGAGACGUUGCAUGUGCAUUAGAGGAACGCAUAUGAUCAAUAAUCUAACCUUUAUUCAUAAGGAAGCCUUUUCUUUUUUUUUGCUUUUAUCAGACUGAAUGAAGACUUCAUUCCUUCCAAGUAGAACGGUAACUAAACCCGAUUCCACACAACCAAAAGGUGUAGUUCUCAGUCAGAAGCAGAUCAGGAAGUGAAACUAAUGCUUGACCAUGGGGGGAUUUCUCCCCUCAUUUCUGCUUCUCUUCUACUAUGACCUGGUCUGAAAGAUAACUCCUUACACUGUGGGUCCAAACGAGGACAGCCAAGAAAGAACGAUAGUCCUCUCAGUUGAAACUGUACCGCUGUUUUGUUGCUGUAAUCUUAAGUACUUGCUAGUUUUAACACGUGAAUGUUUAAAUAAGAAAAAAAUGGGUGUAUCUUCCUGCUCUGUAUGCUUCCUGUGUGUGUGUGUGUGUGUGUGUGUGUGUGUGUGUGUAUGUGUGUGAGUGUGUGAGAAAAAGAAGAGAAAAGAAAUCAAUAGUUUGGCUUGUGGGUUUUCAGAGGGGUUUGCGUAUGCAAUAUAACCAGGCUGUAGUCCUCCGGCCUGGGGUUCGGGUUGAAACACACUCUGGUGCCUUUAUGCAGUUACAGUAGCCUGUGCAUCAGUACGCGAGUUCUGUGUGAGUGGCUAGUGUAGUGUGGUGCUUUGAUGUGUUUUUUAUUUUGUGCGUUAUUGUCAUGAAGCAUGGCCAUUAUCCUUUGACUUCUGUGUGGUUCUGCACUGAACCUUAAGUGGGGCUGUUAACACAAUCUUGCACUAAAUUACAAGUAAACCCAGAGUGGUGUGAGGGUGUAAUCUUAAUAUUACAAUGCAGUGGAUUCAAACUAGCACCCGUGAUACAGCAUUUAGUUGACGUUUUAGAGCUCCUUUAAUACACACAGUGGAAUGCAGGUAUGUAAAUAUGCUUCGCAUGCGUGUUCAGUUUGAACCCACAACUACAGUAAUGAUGUAAACUUUGAAGAGUAGUGAAUGACAGGUCAGCAGGCAGUCAAUGGCAGUAUAAGACGGGCAAUAAAAGGCUUUUUAGAAAAGUGUGAGGCACAGCAUUCAUGAGGGGUGCAGCCAUGACUGCCCACUCUAAAGAAUUAUGCAGCAGAACACUUUAUUUAAUUACGCCUUGAUUCAACUUCCUCAGUUCAUUGUUUGGAUUUUAUAGGCGAAAAAUGUUUUUGUUUCUAUUCACUCACCCCGUCCUGCCAGAUUUUUGGGUAAACUAAUCUUACAGAAUGAAACUUUACAGCAUCAAACAGACACGAAAAAUAAGCUAUUAGCAGAGAGACGUGAAGAUAAAUGUUGGACGUACGUGAUACACGUGAUUCUAGAAGACGUAUUUCCUGAUGCAGCUGAGCACUGUCUCUUCUUUUAGCCUGUUUUAACCCAACAAGACUAGUUUCCGUUCUUGAGCCCAUCACGUUGCGCUUAAGUGAGAAAAUUAUAUCACCACCGUUAUCUGUUAAUACAAGAUUUACAUGCAUGGUGCGUGCAGCCGGCCUUCAGAAUGCCACUGCAACAGGAUUCUAGUAAAACGAGGCAAUGUAGAUGACACAAGCGUCGCAGACUUUGAAUGGAAACUGUAAUUGCAAUUGAGGUGUUUGAUUUUUCCACUCAUGAAUAUGUUGCGUGGAACCAACCACUCGUUGUGUUUCACUCACACAGGUAAGCUCAAACAAACCGUGGGUAUUUGUGAGUACCGUGUGACCUCAGGUUUAGUAUCAAUAUCCGCAGGUUGGAGAACACCACUGACCUACAAGCCAAAAGAUCGGUUUCCUUUCCCCCCAUGUGUGCUUUCAAACUCUGCUGAAAUACUAUCUUGUGUAACGACUACUGAAAAUGUACAGAAGAAAAUAUGAUGAACAACAAUACGUGUUUGUCUAAAGGAAUAAACGAGUACUGUAUGUAUUUUA